AUGUCUCACGGAGUGGUUCAGAAGAAUGAGAAGAACGGCAACGGUGCGCAAGCGCUGGACUCGCCGCAGCACAGCACGGACAGCCCGCCGCCCCCGCCCGAUGGGGGAUGGGGAUGGAUGGUGGUCUUCGCGUCUUUCAUGAUCCACAUUGUCACCGAUGGCAUGACCUAUUCGUUCGGCGUAUUCUAUGCAGAGUUCCUGACCUACUUCGAUGAGGGCAAAGGAAAAACCGCGUGGAUCGUAUCUAUCCUCGUAGGCGUCACUCUAAGUUCGGGGCCCAUAUCAAGUUCGUUCGUGAACCGGUGGGGAUGUCGCGCGGUGACGGUGGCAGGCGCAUUGCUUGCCUCCACCUGUGUCGUCCUCUCGGCCUUCGCGAACAACGUGCUCACGCUCAUCUUCACGAUCGGGGUCGGCACAGGGUUCGGCUUCGGUCUUAUCUAUCUUCCCGCUAUAGUCAGUGUAACAGUAUGGUUCGAACGCUACAGAAGUCUUGCUACUGGUAUCGCGGUUUGUGGUUCCGGACUAGGAACAUUUUUAUUCGCACCAAUCACAUCGGCUUUAAUAGAAAACUAUGGGUGGCGCGGUGCUAUGGCUAUCAUCGGUGCCUUAAUACUGAAUUGUGUGCCAUUAGGCCUUAUAUUUAAACCUGUUCCUGAACCCCCAAGAACUCCAGCAUCGGAACCUAUGCUACCCAAACAACCAAAGUCUCCACUAAAAAGAUCUCAGAGUACAGAGCACGUCCUUAGAGCAAAUGGAAAAGUCGAUGACAAUGAUAUUGCGAGGUUAACUUUAUCCCAACCUGCUCUGAAUAAACCACAUGAACAGAAACCUCCGCCCUCGCGGCACGGUAGUGGUAUCAUGCAAAGGCCGGACGUUCUAUAUCAAGGCAGUAUGACAAGUCUAGCCAGGUUUAGAUCAACGUCUCCUGAAAGAACAAUCACUAGUGUUACGAAAGAAGAACCAGAAGUGAAAUGUGGAUGGUUGCCUUGCUCAACAGAAUUUAAAGCAGCACUCGGAGAAAUGCUCGAUGUAUCGCUCCUCGUAGAUCCAAUAUUUAUUUUAUUCGCCGUAUCUAACUUUUUAACAAGCAUCGGUUUUUACAUACCGUAUGUUUACACUGUACCAAUGAGCGAAGCGCUUGGAGUUGAGAAUCCACCAUACCUGAUUUCCAUAAUCGGGGGAUCUAACUUGGUGGGCAGAAUAAUUCUCGGUUACAUAAGUGAUAAGCCGUGGGUAAACCGCUUACUGGCUUAUAAUUUGUGCCUUACAAUUGCAGGAAUUGGUACGGCAAUGGCCAUGGCGUGCUGGGAGUUUUGGGGUCUUGCUUUAUAUGCUACGACGUUUGGCUUCACCAUCGGUGCAUACGUAGGACUGACAUCAGUUGUGCUUGUGGACCUACUAGGGAUCGAGAAACUGACAAACGCAUUUGGUCUUCUCCUCUUAUUCCAAGGAAUUGCUUCCUUAAUUGGACCACCAUUUGCAGGGUGGCUGUUUGAUACGCUACAUUCGUACGCGCCGGGCUUUUACGUGGCCGGUGGUACAAUAUCACUGAGUGGGCUGAUAUUGUUCUUUAUCCCGGUGAUCGAGAGGCGCCAGCAGAGGCGGUGGGAGGAGAGCACGGCACUGGAGCAGAUAUAG